AUGGUCACCGUCAAUUCGGACUACUAUCCCUCGGGCCUUCGGCCGUGGGAGGGAAGCAGGCUUGGGCUGGACAUUGAGCAUCUCAACACCAUCCAGGUGCCGGAAGCACGAAGCUCGCCACCCUUGACUGUCGCCAGGGCGCUGCGCGAGCACUGCAAUAUCCCCUUCGAGAGCUUCUUUCUCGCCACCCAUCUGGGGGGUGGGAAGUUUGCCUACUUCACCGGGCCUCAGCCCAUCUUGGAGGAAGACAUCCGUAAAAUCUUUCGGAGGGAGAAGUUCCUCCAGUUUCAGAGUCGGACGCUAUCAAGAGAAAGUCUGUCGCAGACGUACGAAGAUGACUACGGACUCGAUGGCGGCCACCCCGGUCGUACCUCUACACCCUCCAGCGGCCCGUGGCAGGUAGAAGCCAGGGGUAGAAAACGGCCGAGGAGGCAAGGGGCGCUACGGCGAGACCAGGAGGAUGACGUGCCUCCCGUCAUUGGCAACACGAAGAGGGCCUUGGUGAUCGGCGAUUCGAAUGAGGUGUUGAAAUUCUACGAUCAUAGGUUCAGGUGCAUCCAGCAGUCGGCCUGCAAGGAGAUCGCCAAGGCCUUCGUCAAGGUGAUUGCGCCCAAGAAGCAGGCCAACAAUCCGUACACCAAGCGCGACGCCUCGGCCCCGGACUGGUGGCCUAAGCCUUCGGGCCCGGGCGAGAAGGGCAAGGUGAGGCAUAUCGAGCCCGACCAUCAGUUGAAGAGUGAGCGCAUCACUGUCCUGAAACAUAUCCUGAGGAUGAUUAUCGACCCGGCGACACGGACGCCGAGCGUCCAGAAGUUGGGCGACAUAACCGUGGCCAAGCUCGAGUCGGCCGCCAUGGAGGCUCUCUCGAACUUCUUUGGGGACACGAGCAAGCCCAAGAACGCAAAGAAGAAGCCUAUCUUGAAGGAGCUCUUUAAAGUGGCCAAGAUGGAGGAAAAGUACAUGAGAAACGAAAUAGACGGCACCACCCAAGUCCCUGUGACAUACGAUGACAUGGUCAUGGACUAUUGUUUUGACGAGGACGAAGUCGACGACGAAGAGGAAGAGGCAGCCGCCACGGAGAUUGACCGCCCCCGAGCCGACUCGGUCACCCCGUCACAGGUCAAGAUGUCCCCGACCAGGGCAGUCUCCUUACCUCUCCUCCCGUCUCUUUCUCCCACGAGUAAUGCUGUCCACGCCAUGGCAGCGCAGUUCCAGGCGGCGCCUUUCCUUCACGAGCUGCCCCUCCGCAGCAGCCAGUACGGCCCUCCGGGCAUCAUGCCGUCCGACCUCCAAGACCACUACGCCUACCCAGCAGCCAUGCAGAUGCACGACAUGCUCGCUGAACCCCACGCACAUCCCGACACCGGCCGCCGCUCGUCCCUCUUCCCCCCACCCACCGAGUUCACCACCGGCCCUUCGCCGUCAACGAUGUACCACCACCCCGGCGUUUGGUCCCAGUCUUCUUCGCCACAGUGCACGCCAACCACGACGACAUCGUCCACCACCACUACAACCACGCCAGACACUUCCUCGCCUUUGUAUGCCUACGCGCCUGCCCAACGCGCCGGCCAUCACCAUCACCAGCAGCAUGGCCAGCACCACCAUUACCACCACCACCAGCAGCAGCAGCAGCAGCAGCAGCAGCAACACCAAGAACACCAACAAACCGUCCAAGGACUGCCAUUGCCCCUGCCGCUGCCCAUGUCUGCAGGUAUUCCGGCCCAGUAUCAGCAUCAGCACCAGCACCAGCACCAAAACCAGCAACAUCCCACCAGCGCCGCCUAUGCUGCUGGGGGACAGUACUCGCAGGGAUAUGACCAGCACCAUCAUCAUCAUUAUCACAGUCACCACCAAGUCAAGAGCGAGAGCAUGCACCUUGCGCUGCAGACCCAUCAGGCCUAG